CCGAAAUGACUGCUGAACAUUCUGAGAAGUACGAGUAUCCUGCCAUUCCACCACAAGCAGAAUUGGACGAACAUAAAGUUCCAUUCAUCCACAGAGACAAAUGUGCUGCCCAUUUGAUUACAUACUACAAGUGUCUUGACAAGGGUACUUCAUUCUGUUCCAAGUCUAAGGACGAGUUCUACAAGUGCCAGUAUUUGGCAUUGAAAGAAAGACUUGAUGCACACACCAAGCAUGCCCACUAGGGAGAAAAAGAGUGCAAGACCAAGUCAAGUUUAAGGAGGAAGUUUGAAUGCAAUGGAGUAUAUAUGGACGAAACUUUUGAAUUGUUAUGAAUCCCUUUCGCAGAGAAUCGAGGAUACGAAAGCAUCAAGAUUUGAAAUUGAGGAUAUAUUGAAGAUUUGAAGAAAAUAAUUGGCAAUGAAAGACAACGAAAAGUUAAAAUAAUGCAAAUUCAAAGGAUCAAGAAUCUUGAACUGGUAUAAAUUACAGAUUGUAACAGUUUUCUUCCCAAUCAUUAUCACUUGACUCUUGAUAUCCCACUAUUGUCUUGAUAUCAGAAACGAUUCCACAACUACAAUUUCUAAAUACUACACCGCCGUUCGACUUUUCCAGCUUGAUACUCACUUCUUCACUGUUUAUAUAUUUAGCAUCCAGAGUUUUUCACAGACUCUACCUACAUUUUCAAUGUACACUUUUUAAGCUCG